AUGGCGUCCGGUCUCCCUGCGCGCAUUAUGAAGGCAUUAUAUUUAUUUCUUAUUUUUUGCUAUAUAGGAAACGUUAAGGCUCCAAAAAGAGCCCGUUGAGGGAAUCGAGGCUUGUCCUGACUCAGCAAAUGCUCGUUACUUCCGGGUCGUCGUCCAGGGUCCAAAGGAUAGUGCAUAUGAAGGAGGCUAUUUCAAGCUGGAACUUUUCCUACCCGAGGACUAUCCGAUGUCACCGCCAAAAUGUCGAUUCAUGACCAAGAUAUAUCAUCCUAACAUCGAUAACUUGGGUCGAAUUUGCCUCGAUGUCCUCAAAAGUGCGUCUCAAGUCUCCGCUUCUCGCCGCUAUUUGUUCAUGCCUCUACUUUAGCUAAUUUAACUACAAUCGAUGGUAAUUGAGUUUUAAAAAGCCAUUCAGUGUGGACUGAUUCAUCUUUCGAGUCAUGUUGUCCUUUUCCGGCUAGAUUUAUUUGUUUUCCUGUCAGGACGGAAAGGCCCCAUCCUAUACAAACCAACCUAAGUCAUAAGUAGCCGCAUUUUUCAUCACCGCUAGUCAGUCCACAUAUUCCGUUGGCUUGGCUAUCGAUAAAUAUCCGCAUGCGUCACGGGCCGUAUUUAUACCCGUGAUGUGUUUAUACUGCUCUCGUCUAUAUUGGCUGUUUUUACGGGGACAUUCACUUAAAGACGGAGUACUCUUUUCUAACCUACCUUUUUGGGAUCUGCUGAGAACGCUCUUCCUCUGCAAUUAAAAUCUACUGACAGGUGCGCCUGAUCUUAAGUUAGUUUUGGCCUACUGGCCGAAUAAUAUGCCAGACCGCCUUGGAUUUCCUGGUUUCCCCUUUAUGUAAGUUGCAUAGGGGGUUCCUUGAAUAGCUUAACGCUUUUCUGCAAUUUGUCGAGUUUGUGCUUUCCGUUAUUGGUUUACUCUUUUUCCUGCGGUCCUGUACGUACGGUCUCAGUACGUUCUAAUCAACUUUUAUGUGAUGGUGUUCCGUAUUUUUUAAAACGCUAGGUAAAUGGAGUCCAGCUUUGCAAAUUCGAACAGUACUCCUAUCCAUCCAAGCUCUUUUGAGCGCGCCUAACCCCGAUGAUCCCCUGGCCAACGAUGUUGCGAAGGCAUGGAAAGAAAAUGAAAGUCAUGCCAUUGAAACAGGUUAGUACCUUUGUGCACUGUUUAAAGCUUGUAGGAGGGCCAGGACGUGGAUCCUGAAGUUCUGUAAUAUUCCAAAGUUUAGUUUGAGAAGCUGUCUUUGCGUCCUCAUAAUUUUAAGCUAGUCUCUGACAGCCGGUUUUGUUCCCCUGCCUCUGUUCUGACAUCCACAUCAGCGGAGUUAAGUCUUCUGGGCGUCAAGUAGCCGAAAUUAAGAUGAAUUGCCAGACCAUGUAAGGUAAACUUCUGGAUAAGUCCAAAGAGACGCUGUAGCACUGCUUUUGGCAUCAACUUGAUGUCGUGUUCGGUCCGCUUCCCGUUCGACAAUGAGCGUGUUUGCAAACGGAUAUUUGGAAUGGUAAUCGGUAAUGCCCGCUUCUUUCCAUGAAAUUCUUGGCUUCAGACCCCAUGUGGUCUGUGUUCCACGGUCGAGCUGCAGGCUCCCUGGCAUUUUCGUCCAGUGCGCAUUUCUCCGACGUAACUUGGAAAGGUUCUCUUGCAUGGAAGUUCAAUCUACUGCGCUCAAAUAAGAGGCAUUUACUAGUAAUUAGUUCGGUCAAGUCGUUCCUGUAAUCGGAGAAUAGUUCCAGAAGCUUUAAGAGGACCGGGGGUCGAUUCUGUCCUUAACAAAAUUAGUUCCUCUGUUCAAUCCUCAUGUUCACAUAAGCUGCACAUACUCCAUCUUCUAUGCAAAACAUAAAGACCAACUACCGGGCCAGUACACUACCGAUCUAUGGAUAAGUAACGUCGCUACUUCGGGGGCCGAUUGUAUUUUCAAUUUAUGAUUAUUAAAUAAAUAUCUGGACUGUGUCAAGGUAGCUCAUACAAAUUUGUUCAUCUAACUUGUCCAUUUACUUAAUAUAGCAAUUCGGACUUUGUUCCUUCCCCUGCUGUAGUUUCCGGGUCAUGUGUGCAAUCUGCACAGCUACCAGACUGUGACACGUUCCGUAGUAACAAAUUUAAUCUGUGAAAUCUAUCUUUGACAGUAUUUAUUCGGGUGUACUGUUUUGGUGGACAAAAGUAGCGUCUAUCACAGGUCAUUUUUUGGCUAACAAACGUUAUUCCUAGUCUUGGAGCAUCUGCAUAAUCAAGGACCAGCCAGUGUUCUUGGGGGAAGCCACUCAUCCAUAUUGCAGGGCACGUGCGUCGGUAUAAGUCGAUAUGCCUGUGUCACGAAGGUCUUCAGUUGUUUUUAUUAUUUAUAGAAAGUAAGCUUUGUCGACGUAUCUCCUUGUAGAAGCUCCUAAGCACUAUUCUAGGGAACGGGGAGCUUGAUGUCCUUGAAAUAUAUGUCAACUCGGUUUACUGGGUCGUACAAAGCCUGACACCAAAGGUGACUUCGUGGCCGUACAACGAACAUACUUCGACUCGAGCAGCCAUUAUGCCGACGUCUUUUAAGACGAAUGAAAACGGUUUCCUCAGUCCUUAAUUAGUACUGAACGCGUCGCGCCCUUCAUUUUCAUGUCGAUUUUCUGAGGAUUAAUAAACAGACUAGUUAAUGCCAGUUUUUCUUUCCUUGCAACCAAAUGUCUGCAUAUUCAGUAUUUCGGACAAGGGCCUUCGUCCUAUCCGAAUGUCCUUAUAAACAUAUAGUUUUGUGCCAGACACCGCGUACUUAGGGAUGACCCGUAAGAGCACACCAACCCAGAUGCAUAAGCCCUCGCGUUCUCUUUUUUGAGUGAAAUUCCUGCUUAUUUUGGUUGGCUGCCUGUCUCCAUCCGGGUGCCAAGUUGCUAAUGCAUGGAUGCACGAGUUAUUGGUGCAUGACAGCAACGGGUCACGAAACAACCAAAACACAACUGCUGCAGAGGUCCUGAAGUGGACACCUGCGGGUGUAGCAAAUUAGCUACUAAUUUUUGUCAACCGGUGGGAUAACCGGUGGACCCCUUAAUUUUGAUCGUUUGACCCCCAGUCAGCAAAGCGAUGUAGAAGAAUGGCGCCAGGCGUUGGUGAUCUUGAUUUGAACCACGUAUUCUUAGUUUCGGGGCUGUGUGUGCUACAAAACCUUGCCACUGUUAGUCUUUGGACUACGCGUCUUCUGCCGUUACUCUUCGGCUGAAUGAUUUGACGCAUUCUCUUUUCAUCCCAGAAACUAGUGUGUGGGUUUGGAGACGCAGGAUUGAAAGCCAUUAGCCACAUCAUCGCCGUCUAAGAACUUUAUCACUCCUGGUAAUUGCACGAUUCCUCUGAACUAGUAGCUGUGCUGACGGCCUAGUGUCAUGUACUGCGGCCUACGUAAACAUCGGACGCCAUUUUGAACAUUUCUCUUAAGCAUUUCAUAUCAGCGCACGGUAAUGCGACGGUUAGGUCUGCCAAACUGCGCAUCCGUUUAGUAUAUGCCUCCUACUGUAUUACUGUACUGUUUAGUAUAUGCCCCCUAUUGUAUUACGCCCUGCCGCACGUUUCCGCCAGCCAUGUAUAUACUUCGUGUGAUUGUCAAUGUUCCUCUUUUUCUCUAAUGUUACAGCCCGUGCUUGGACGCGCCUAUAUGCCAGCGAAAAGCCCUGA